UUCCUCGCACGAUGUGCGUAGAUCUUAUUGAUCCUUUGAUAGAGCAUGACGUCCAAGCCUCUGCCUUUUUUGCUGAACGGUUUAACUCCGGAAUUGGAAAAUAAAGCGUUUUUAGAGCUGGGAGAGACGCCUAAAGUAAAAAAUGAUGCGCUGGAAGAAAUGAAGAGGCUCAUUAAAGAAAAUUCUAAUUUCGAGCCUUUUAUGGAGGACAUCUUUCUGUUAUCAUUCCUAAGAUGGAAAAAGUAUAGAAUUAAUGAAGCAUUUGAAGCUCUUCAUGAUUUCUACACUCUUAAGAAAAAACACUCUAGAAUAUAUUUUGAUUUCACCCCUUCAGAACUGACACAUGUACUGAAGAUGAAUCACUUGGCUACACAGCCAUUGAGAGGUCCUGGCGGUUGCAACGUGGGAAUUUUGAGAUUAGGUUAUCAUGACUUCAAAAUUGGCACAUUUGAUGAGUUAAUUGCUACAGUUCUAUGCAUGGGUUUGGCGACGAAUGAUAUAGAAGCUUACCUAGUGAGUGGUGCCAUUAUAAUCUUAGACUGCAAAAAUGUUCCUCUUGAGAUAUUAAAGACAACACUGAACCCGUAUCGAGUCUACUUUAUUGUUGAAGUUAUGAGAUGCUUUCCCGGUCGAAUCAGAAGUAUUCAUGUUGUGAAUAUACCAUAUUUUUUCGACAUUUUCUAUAAUAUGGUAAAAAGUUUACUUCCCAAGAAGAUCUUAAAAAGG